AGGAAGCCGACCUAGCAACAGCUCUGAGUGUGAACCGAAGUUUGGAGAACGACCUCCGAGAACUGAAGGAUCAAGUAGUCACUCUGAAGCUCUCACUGGAGGAUACCAAAAAGCAUCUCCACAGUGAAAUGUUGAGGAGAGUGGAUCUGGAAAAUCAAAUGAAAACUUUGCAAGAGCAAAUGACAUUCCAGAAGCGCCUUCAUGAAGAUGAGCUCAAGGAGACAAAAAGAGUCCAUGAGAGCAGGAUAGCAGAAAUAGAAUCCGGCCGUCAGAGAGAAUUUGAGAGUAAGCUCUCGGAUGCUCUGCAGGGACUCAGAAAACAGCAUGAAGAACAAAUUCAAGGAUACAAAGAGGAGCUGGAACGAACAUUCAGUGCAAAAGUGGAGAAUGCCCAGCUGUCUGCAGCAAGGAAUAGUGACUUUGCCAAUGCUGCUCGGGAGGAACUAAUGGAAACAAAGCUGAGAGUUGAUACUCUAACAUCCCAAGUUAAUCAAUAUCAAAGCCAGAAUGCUGCUUUGGAGAACAGAAUAAGGGAGCUACAGGAAACGCUGGAUUAUGAUCGUGAUCUCCAUCGAAGACGUAUGGCAGAAAAAGAGAAAGAAAUGGCACAAGCCCAGCAGCAGGUACAAGCACAGUUGGAAGAAUAUGAGCAUCUCUUAGAUGUGAAACUGGCUCUAGAUCUGGAAAUAAAUGCCUACCGAAAGAUGCUGGAAGGAGAAGAACAGAGGCUAAAGCUCUCACCUAGUCCAUCUUCACGUGGCACUGCAACUCAAGCAACAACAAGUCAAGGGCGCCGGUUUCUGCAUGGGAGAAAAAGGAAAAUGAAAGAAGCAAAAAUGAGAGGGCGUAGUACUGGAUUUAAGACUGUUCAGCAUGCUUCAUCUUCUGGAAAUGUAUCUAUUGAAGAAAUUGAUACCGAGGGGAAAUUUGUCAGGCUUAGAAACAACUCUGAUGAGGAUCAACCACUGCAUGGAUGGGUGUUGAGACGACGGCUUGGAAGUGUCUCUGAUGCAACAUAUAGAUUCCCUUCACUGUUCACUCUUCAGGCAGGCCAAAUAGUUACAAUCUGGGGUGCAGAUGCUGGUGUAAGUCCAGGUCCUAGUGAUCUGGUCUGGAAGUCUCAGUCUUGGGGAACUGGGGACACCAUUGGUGUUACACUCAUCACAGAUGAUGGUGAGGAACUGGCAGAGAGGAAGAUAAUGCAUGUACCCAGAGGAGAAGAAAGUGGUGAACAGGAUGAGUGGGAGGAAGAAAUAACUGGAAGUGAAAUAGAGUUUCCAUCUCAGCAAAAUGAGGACCCUAGCUGUUCUAUCAUGUAAUGAAGACAAGGUGAUGACCGCCUAAAAAUGCAUCUCAGCCCAAAGUGACACUUUGGACUACAUGUGUUCUGGUAUCCUCUGAAAUAUCUGAAACUUGGAAUUCACAUCUCCCACCUGAUGCGUGUGUAAGAAGUGUUGUCCUUAAUGUGAGACUUCCUACCUUUUGACACUGGACCUGGUCUUGGAUUCCACCAUUUAAAGAGCAGCAAAGUACAAGAUCCUUACAAAAUUUUUUUUUGCUCUAAAUAAGAACAUAAGGAUCUAGUUUCUAUGACCUGCUGAAACAUGGGAGAACAUAGUUUACAAUGCUUAAUGUUAGUUGUGUUCCAAAACAAUGAUAAAUACUUAAGAGUGAACAUGAGGCUGCCUCAGCUUUCUGAAUAGUCUGACAUGGGGUUUGCAUGGGUCUUGCACCUUGAGCAAGUCAGAACUUGGCUGGGGAAAAGCAUUACCCUAAAGGGUGCUGAGUGUCUGAAACGUUUCCUGUUCAGAUCCUGAUAUUGAAACAUGAAACUGGUCUAGAUUGCUUGUUAGAACUUUCUAGUGUUUAAACUUUUAAAAUUAAAAGCAACUUGUAAAAUGUUUUUUACUUGCUUGGUAUUAAAUGUACUGUUUCUGUGUUCUAGCACCUGGAAAUCUACAGACUUCAGUAUUUGAUAUUCCUAGAUAUAGAACAGCACAGCAUAGCUCUUAUUUCAAAUUUUUUGGAACCUUAAACAGCUGUAUCCUAUAAAUGUGUGUGUGUUGGGGGGAAGCAUCUCAUUCCAACAGAUAAGGUACUCUAACUAGCGAUAUUAGCACUCUGAAUGGUGCCGACAAGCCAGCCUCUUAGGGGGAUAGAAGAAACAUUCUGAAACAAAGAGCAAGGCUAGAAAGCACCAACUAUAAUGAAAGAUGCAUCAAAAAUACCUGCUCUUAAAAGUUCCUGUGCCCUAAAUAUCUGACAUAAAUAAGGGGAAGUGCAGUCUGCGGUACUGCUUUUGUGUACAUCUCACCUGACAGAUGGGGAAUACUCUCUUGGCCAGUAGGUAAAUUACUGUAACUUUAAUGGCUUUGCUGUCCACACAGAGAGGCCUAUGUAACCCUUGGAAACAGGCAGUCAUCCUUUAUAGCCAUUAUUCCUUGCCUUCCCCCUGCAAAGGCCUACCUGGUUGCUGUAUGGUGGAGAAAUACCCAUUUCUCUUUAAGAACAUGAAGGGAGGGAAGCAGCUGCUAUUGCAGACCUCAUCAAAUAUUAGAUUACUUUCUGACCUUCACUCUUUCCUUGCCAGUCUUCAGUGUUACAGUACAACUGAAUUUAAGAUCUGUUCUGUGUUAGGAUGCAGUUCUUAAUGUGAGGCUUGCCUUAGACUGGCUUAAAUUCACUUAAAUCAAGCUAUUUAAUAAUUGAAGUUUUAAGGUAUUUCAACCAAAUGUUGGCUGAACACUUGUGAUUUAGCAGAUCUGAAUUCUUGUUGUACCUCAUGGCCUAAAUUUAAAUAGAUGCUGCUAUAACCUUGCUAUAUUUAUCUUGAUCUGUUAAACUUUUUUAUUAUUAAAGAUUUUGUGUAUAUAACCAGCCUUUGAGUUUAAUAUUUUUAGGUUAAAAACAAAGUUACUUAUUGGCAAUAGUCACUGUUAAUUAUUGGUAUUAGCAAAGUGCUUCAAAAGACUGAAGCAAUAAAAGUGACAUGUGUGUGAAAGAUUUCCUGCAGAUUGAAGAAGCCUUCAACAAUAGACCAAGCUGCCCUGUUUACAUAGCUAAUAAAGCUGAACUGUACUGAACUUGAUGUAAGAGGAGUCCUUAGUAAUUUAGAUCAGGUUUCUUUGCAGAACACAAGGGAAGGAUGAUGUGCAUUGACAAACAAGUGAAAGAGGUUUGAACUACUGCAAAGGUCUUAAUGUGAAAUAGCUGCUGCAGACCACUGGUUGGUAACACCAUCAACAGCCUAGGAAACAAGAUCUACAAGAAGCUCAUGAACAUCUUAGCACUCGCCCUUAAGAACAUACACAGUAAAGAACUUCUCUGAUAUUUGCAAUGGAUCUUACUGUGCAAGUUGUCCACCUAGCAGCAAAGGGAAGGAAAAGGAUGGUUGGCUUCCUGUCACCUCUACACAUUACCCUAUUCAACAACAGUAUAGCUAUCUUCUGACUUCUUACUUCUAGCUCACUUUUCCACAGCUAUUUCUGUUGGAUGAGACAUGUAUUGCAGCUGAUCAGGAGCUCUGUACUAAAUGGCCAGCUGCCUAGGGCCAAGUGUAAGGAGAAUUCAAAUUUUUUUAUGCAUGUAUGUGAUGUGUGUGUAUGUAAAUGUAUUUUUAUAUAUAUAAAUUCUCUCCUCUAGGGAAUUCUGGCCAGACAGAUGAGAUCUUGGUGUCUGUUUUCUUGCCUGCUAUGGAAAUGUAAGACAGACCUCUGAUAAAGAAGAAAAAAAUUCGAAAGGAAAAGCCAAAUGUUUUGGCAACUACCAGGUGUGUCACAGAACACUGUUUCAAAAGGCCUGAGCAGAAGUAAAAUGCUAGUGCUGCUUAAACAGUAGGCUUUUUUUACUGUGUAUCUUGUCAAAGAGGCUGUAAGCUUUGGUUAUGACAGUCUACCUCUCUUUCACUGCUUGUACUCUAUGUUAUGGAUUAUUAGGGGUAUAUGAUAAUUCUCAAAUUCAUUAGUAUAUCACUGCAGUGUACCAAA